AUGAGCGAUAAAAAGUAAUCUUUCCUCAGUCUUAAACCUACUGAAAUCAUUGAUUAAAUCAAGCAGCAAUAGCCGAAGAGUAUCAUAAGUAAAGGCAAUAAAAAAGUUGACUCAAAAGGUAAUAGUCUUAGAGUUAGUGUUAAAAAUUCCAAUCGCAAUUCAAACAAUGACAGCUAAGAAAGCUCAGAGGAGGAAGAUGAAGAGAGAAGCUCAGGUUCAAGCAAAAACAGCAGUCCUAGAUCAAGCAGUCCCAUUAGCUAAUCUAGUGAAAGCCCAAAAAAUUAAAAAUAAAAGAGAAAAUCUACAUCCAAAAAGAGAAAAUCUUCAAGUCCAGCAUCUUUAUUGGAAGAAUAGGAAGAUGAAGAAGAGGAAGAAGAGUUAGUAAAGUUUAACAUGAAUUUCACCUAGUUAAAUGAAUACCUGAAUAAUAUGAUCAAAGUUAUAAAUCAGCAUGCCAAAUUACUAAAUACGCUAAACAAAGAGAUUCAGGUUAGAACUACCGAGUAGCAAAUAGGCGAUAUUUUCACUUUAAUAUCAACAGGACUUCCUUAUGAAUUAUUAAUAAAGAAGUUGGGUGGAUAGCCACCUACUAGAAGGGGAUCAGUAAUGAAGCUACUAGGAGAUGCUUCAAUGUUACCUCCAGGAUUUCAGAUAGCUGGAGAUAGACUUACUAAUUUAGGACACUAAAAGUAAUCAAGUAUUGAUGAAAUGUCAUUUGGGGUUUAGAAUUAGAAAAUCCCAAGUAAAUCCCAGCUAUCAAUACUAGAGGGAACUGAGAGGUUUUUAAGAGCAACUGAAUUGAUGGGCAAAUAUCUAGUAGACUUUAAAGAGUAUUCUCAUCAAAAUGACUGUCAAAUAAUCAGAAUAGACACUGAGCUUAGUCAAAGAGUGACCAAAGUGGAAUUUCAGGCUACAUUAAGGGAAAAAUCUAAAAAGUUAAAGAAUAAAUUGAAAAAUAUGCUGGAUUAAAACGAGAAAAAGAUGAAUAUGCUAGAAUAAACCCUGAAUGAUAGAUUAGAGGAAUUCAAAAAGAAAUUGAGUGAGGUAGAGCUGAAUACCUACUGGAAAAUUAAGGACUAUGAGGAUUUACUUGCACAGAGAGUAAGUGAGACAUAUAUGAGAGAUUAUGUUAGGGGAGAAAAUAACAAAGUCACAAGAGACUAUAAAGAGUGGAUAGAAAAAGAGCAGAGUACUGUCUUUAGAAGAAUAGAUUAGAUUGAUAUUGAUAUGCGAAGAAUUAGAGAAGCCAUUGGAGAUCAAAUUGGAGAGUUGCAAAAGGGAACUGACACUUUCACUUCAGCGUAAGAUUUAACCAUAUAAUUGAAAUAGAUUGGAAUGAACUUAGAGAAAAUGUAAAGUGAUUUGAAGCAUUCGACAAUCAGACCAGCUGGCUCAGACUUAGUAGAUUCUGAGAAAUUUUAGGAAUUGCUAAUUACCAAUGAAAAACUGUAGAAAAAGUUACAGAAGGUGUCUAAGAAGUUCAAAAAGUUCUAGGAAAGUUCAAAACUUCAAGCAGAAAAUUUUGAAAAAGAGCUGUAGAGAAAGGCAGAGAAAGAUUCCUUGAUCUAGAAUCAACAGCAGUUCUUUGACAAUCUGACUUAAAUGGAGAACGAAACAGAUGCCAGCAUUACAAAGUUGGUAGGAGAAGAACUUAGGAAACUUGGAGAACAGAUUGCCAAUAACAACAAAGUGAUGGAGAAGAAAAUAGCAAAAGUCUACGCUGAUGUUGACGUUGAGAAGCUGUAAAAGUAAAUAGAGAAAAAAGCCAACAAGGAGGAAAUAAGAGAUAAGUUAGAGAACUGGGAAGUUAAGGUGACUUUUAAUGACAAAGCUAAUAAAAACAUGCAGAAUACUGUCUCAAGAUUAGAGAUUGACUUAGUAUAACCAAAUUUGUAAAGAAGCCCAACAAGAUAUCAACAGAAUUUGAAUCCUUUGGACUAGCUUCCUAUAUUGUAAAAUGUGCAUUCAGUUUCAGUUUAUGAUCACAGCAAAAUAGACUUCCCAUCUCCUCUUGAUUAAAUAAAAGGAAGGGUGUAUGGUGACGAGAUGCCAAAGUCAAUUAACAACAUAAACAACCAGUUCAACUCUAGACACAGCAAUACUAAUGGGAAUAACGGCGGCAGACCAACAAGCUCAAGUAUCAAGUCAACCUCAAAUAAACCGAUUCAGAAGAAUUCUUUGACUAAUCUCAACUCAAAUGCAGGCCUUUCUGGAGUCAAUGGAAAGAUUAGUUUAGGAUCGAAUCAGAAUGCCUACAUGACACAUAAUCCUGGAAUGAGACCAUAGACUCAAGACAACAGUUUGAAAAUAGGAAGAAGCAACUUUGGCAAUGCUUCCCAAAAUAACUCAACUAAUGUGAUUAAGGGUGGACCUCUCAAUAAACUGCUUAAUCUGAGUAGCGGGGAGAUAUCUCAGGCUGUGGGAGUGACCAACAAGACUAAGCUAAGUGUGCUUAAGAGCAAACACUCAGGCUACUAACUAUCCAAUGAAGAUAAUAAUCUCAGUCAAGUUGAGAGAGUUUUCAGAAAUGCUGGAAACGAUUGA